UGGAAGCAGAGGCACACUCGAAAGCAAACCGAUUGACACACCAUCCCCACAGCUCAACCAAAACUGAUACUCUCUGCUUCCACGUACCUGACAUGCAAUGCCCCAGACCUUGCUAUAAAACGCUCCUUCCUUCCCACCACACAACCCACACCCAGCAGCACAACAACCUGCCUUGCACUACAAGAACCAUCACAGUCAAAAAUGGCUAAGCUCGCGAUUCUCGUGGCCGCUCUCCUCUUCCUUGCCGUCACCGUCUCCGCCUACAAAACUACCGUCACGACCGUUGAGAUCGACGAGGACGAGAACCCCAGCUGGAGCCAUGGGCAGGGGAGGUGCGCCCAGAAGCUGCAGAGGGUUAACCUGAGGCCAUGUGAACGCUAUGUAAAGGAGAAAUGUCGUAGGGAGGAACCGGACGUGAUAGCUUUGCGUGGGAUCCAGGCCCGGGGGAAUGAAAGGCUUCAGGAGUGCUGCGAUCAGAUCAGAGAAAUUAACGACAGGAGCUGCCAGUGCCAAGCGUUGAAGAGAGUCAUGCGUAGGGAGGGCUCAGAACUGGAGGGAAGGGAGGCGCGUCAGUUACGACAGGAGCUUCAGAGGCUGCCGGAAAGGUGCAACAUUGAGCUUCCAAGGUGUGAAUUGAGCGGCAACGAAAUCUAAGCUAGCUCUACCAAUAUUGCAGCUCGCGGACGCGUACUAGAACGUGAGCUACCGUAUGUAUCUAGGCUUAUGUAAAAAACUGAGAUCACUACUGAUCUUUUAGGCAAUGCUGUAGACACUACGUAUGUGACUAUGACAUUGCCAAUGUUUUGUUAAUGUGCGUGUUCUACUGAGAAUAAAAUGCUGCUUAAGCUCUCAAGAUAGCAUUCCAAUUCUACCAUUCACACUCUAAAUUUCGCUUAAAAAAUGUAGAAAUUUCAAUCCGUUUGAUGGUUACAACUCGUAUAGUAUCCAUAAACAUUGCCCCAAUAACAGUAAA